AAAAUGUCUGACAGUGAUGAUAGUUCACUGGACAUUUCCUUCACUUUGGAUUCCAGUGAAGAUGAAGAUCCAGAAAGGGAUACCAGUACAUUCUUUUCAGGUACAGUCAAAGUAUCAAUAACAGUUGGCAGAACUACAAUAUCAGUUGUAGAGGGUGACAUCUCUAACCAACAGGUUGAUGUCAUUCUAAACAGCACAUCAAAGAAGUUAGACCUAAAUGCUGGUAAAGCAUCUAAAGCUCUACUAACAGUUGCUGGUAACAGUUUACAGACAGAGUGUAAAGAGAAAUAUCCAACUGGGAUACAGGCUGGUGAAGUAGCAAUAACAGGGGGAGGUAACCUAAAAUGUCAGCAUGUCUUCCAUACAUCUUUAUUGAAAUGGAGUGAAACAAAUUCCAAACAGGUCCACAAAUCAUUCAUAGAGAAAAGCCUAACAGAAAUGGACAAAAGAGGUUUGGCAUCAAUGGCUAUUCCUGGACUGACCACUGGAUACCUCAGGUUCCCUAAGAGAGCAGCUGCUAAAUCUAAAUGUAUCUACAUCCAAGAAUACUUGCAGCACCACACUGAUACUUCUAUAACUGACAUCAGAUUUGUCAUACACUCUUCUGACCAAAGGACAUUAAAUGCUUUUGUUGCUGAAGUAAAGAGAUGGAGAUCUUUUAAUAAUCAAUCUGUCCAUUGCAGAGAUGUAUUAAGUACUCAGAUAGGAAACACUAAAGUUCAGGUCAAAAUAGACAAAAUACAAGACCAAGAUGUUGAUGUUAUUGUCAACAGUGUUAAUUCUCAGCUAAAGUUAGAUAAAGGUUCCCUGUCUCACACACUAGUAUCUGUUGGUGGCAACUCCUUACAGACAGAAUGCACAAACAAAUAUCCCAAUGGUUUACAAGUUGGACAAGUUGCAGUGACAUCUGGUGGCAAUUUAAAGUGUAAACAAGUCUACCAUAGCUGUAUAGGGGACUUUAAAAAUCAGGACAAGUCUGAAUCGAAAAAGUCUAUUCAAGAAAUGGUGAAGACCUGUUUAGACACAGCACAUACUAGCAACAUGACUUCCAUUGCGUUUCCAUGCCUAGGUACACGAUACAGACAUUACCCAGCCAAGCUGUCUGCCCAGGCAAUGUUUGAUGGUAUACGUGACUUCACAGCUGACAAUGUAUCAUCAUCCGUGUCAUCUGUUAUCAUUGUAGUGUAUGGUUCUAACUGUGAAAAAAUUGCAAAGGCUUUUGAAGCAGAAGGAAGUAGUUCCGAUGCUACAGGAGGCCAAUCAACUGUUAGGGGAACAAAGGAGUUCUGUUCUAUGAUGUAUCAAACAGAAUUAUCUCCCCCUAAAUCUUGGACCCAUUACAGUUCAAUAAAAUCGGUCAAACAGUGGAAAAGUAGUAAACCUGAAGAUGGAAAAUAUUUUAAACUUAUUGAAAUCCAAUCAACUGACAAUGUUUACCAAGCCAUUGAAAGUUUAGUUCAGGACACAUGGGAGAGUGGUAAAGUAGGUCAUGGUCGUGAUGCAGCAGGCCUUGGAAGUCACACUACACUUGCCGUGAAAAAGAUAGAAAGACUUGAAAAUAUUGAUUUAUGGGAAUCAUAUGGCCAUCUUAGGUCACAACUCUUUCACAAGGCAUCUGAUAUUGACAUAUUUGAUCCACUAGAAAACUUGCCAAAUUCAAAAGGACCAAUUAAAACAUCAGAAAAUAUUCAGUCCUUCCUAGAAAAUGAAAUUUACCCAGAAGUCAAUGAAGUUUACCUGUUUCAUGGAACAAAAGCUGACAAGUUUGAUGCAGUUAUGUCCAAAGGAUUAGACUUCCGUAUGGCAGGAGAUAAAGCAAUGUUUGGCACUGGAACUUAUAUGGCUGAAAGCUCUACAAAAGCUGACCAGUACACAGAUCCAAGGACCAAGAGAUCAGCAGAUGAUAAGAAGAUGAUUUUAGCUAGAGUAUGUUUGGGGAAGAUCUGCCUUUUACAGAAAGCCAUGGGCAACCUAAAGAAACCCCCAUGUUCAUCUUGUCAGCAGGUGGCUUGUGAGCAUGGCAGUGGGCAUGCAUGUGAUAGUGUUGUUGGAGAUGGGGGAUGGAUCUUCAGAGAGUUUAUUGUUUACAAUCAAUUUCAAGCAUACCCAGAAUAUGUUAUUACUUAUAUACGACAGUAGAGCUAUUUACCAAUAAUUUAAUUCUGGAUGUUACCUGUCUUCUGAUUGGCUGAAUCUUUGUUGUUUAUUAGCUCAUUGACAAAAUUUUGUCACAAGACUAUGACUUCACUAAAAGUAAUCAGUGAUUACUCCUUUAAAAAAUGAGAAUUUAUAAUUAAUUCAUGAGGAAUGUCUGUUAUAUUUUUUCUGUCUGUGAAAUAAUAACUUAAUAAAUGGGGUGCACACUUUAUAAAAAAAAACCCACCUAACUACUGAGAUUAUUCAGUGUGAAUAAAAUACUUGAUGUUAUUUCUUCAUAAACAGAUUUUUUUUUACAGUCAUCCCUUAAUUAUUAAAAAUUUAUAUUAGAUUUAUAUUUAUAUCUUUUAUGAUACAUUUUUAUACAAUUCCUUUAGUGACAAGUUUUUUGUCUUUGAAACUGAUGAAGGCUAAGUGGCCAGAUUAUGUUAUUUGUAAUUCAUAAGUUAUAAUAGAUAUACAAAAUGUAUUUUUUGAAAUUGUUUAUGUAUUUGAUUAUGUCUUGUAGUUAAUGAUUUAUUCAGUUUCAAGCACGAAUUUGACAUAUUUUUAUACGACUGCAAAUUUCAUAAUGCAUCAUUUAAUGCUAUCAUGUUGUCUGUGUUGUCGUCUGUGUCAUUGCAGACACAUUACUUUACACAUGUCUUUGUUAUAUUAAUCUUUAGAUCUGUAUACUUUGAUGAUGAUUCAAAAUUUCAUUUUUGAGGGAUUGAGUAUUUUGUA